AUGCUCGCAAAAUACGUCGCCUCUGUCUUUGUUGGGAUUUCGCUCGUCGGUGCAAAGAACUAUGAUGUCGCAGUCGGCGAAAACGGGGCAAACACGUUUGUGCCCGACCAUGUCUCCGACGCCGUCGUUGGUGAUACGGUCACAUUCCAGUUCUCCAGCUUUCACUCGGCUGUAGAGAGCACACUUGCAAAUCCAUGCGUUCGAAAGGAGGGUGGCUUUGACUCUGGACAGGUGACGAGUGGGUCAUUCCAGAUUACUAUCAACUCGACCGAGCCCACAUGGGUAUAUUGCGAUGUUGGAAAUCAUUGUCGAGUCGGAAUGGUCUUUGCGGUCAACCCAGGAAAUAACCUGGCAACCUUCCAGGCUGUUGCUCAAGGACAAGCACCUCCCACGAGCUCUGGUUCCGGAACGACGGAUACGCAUGGCUCCGUGACUGGAUCGCACACGGGGUCGCAUACCGGCCAGGCGUCAGCAACCUCUACAGGUGCUACCACUACAUCUACUCCAGGUGCUGGGUUUGCCAACGUUGAGAGGAUUGGAGCAGCAUGGAGUGCAGCUGGUCUCCUCGGGCUUACAGCGAUGCUCUUCUAA